CAAAACACUGUAUCUAAUACCAUGGCCGGCUUUAAGGAACCAGUUUCAUCUUGUCCUUUUGUUACUUUUUAGUUUAAUUUAAUAUUCACGACACUAGUUCUGCUGCGAAGUAUAACUGUCAGCGAACCCAAACUCAGUUUGGUUGUUUUUUCAUGUCUUUCUCACUCUCACUCGUCCUAGUAUACUGUGGUUUACAUUACAUUCGCCGGCACAGACUUCUCCGUCAGGAACCGGGAUCCACGUUUCUGGUUGCGCUGCACCUGCAGCUUUUAAGCAAGGAGCAGGAGGAAGGAGAUUGAUCAGAGCAUCGAGUGAUUUUUCUGUGAUUUUAUUUUAUUCACUUGAAGUUUAGGGAGCAUGAGUUCUUCAACAUGGAUCAACUCUCUCUCAUGCUCAAGCUCUGUGGUUCAGUCUUCAGGGGAAACAUCUAUUCCAUUGAUAUUUCAAUGGUUAAGAUUCAUUUUCCUUUCUCCAUGUCCUCAAAGAGCUCUGUUAUCUUCAGUUGACCUUUUGUUCUUGCUUUUCCUCCUCGGAUUUGCGGCUCAAAAGCUGCAUUCUAGAUUCACUUCCAGUGGACACUCCGGCUCUGACAUCAACUAUCCCCUUGUUGGAAAUGGAAACAGCAGAGCUCAUAUCACAACUUCUAUUUGGUUCAAGCUCUCUUUGAUUGUACCAGUCUUUUUAGCUUUGUGUUACAUUGUCGUCUUCAUUCUAGCAUUCAGUCAAAGCACUCAGUUGCCUCAUUGGAAGGUGCUUGAUGGAGUGUUUUGGUUAGUUCAAGCAAUAACUCAACUAGUGGUUGCAAUCUUGAUAAUUCAUGAAAAGAGGUUUCAUGCUGUCAAUCAUCCACUAUCUCUUCGAGUUUAUUGGGUUGCAAAUUUCAUCAUCAUUAGUAUGUUUAUGUCAUCAGGGAUCAUUCGAUUGGUAGCUCUGGAACACAACUUGUUAUUUGAUGAUAUAGUUUCUGCAAUGGCUUUCACGUUAUCAAUUGUUCUUUUUUCCGUUGCCAUUAGAGGAUCGACUGGGAUUACUGUAAUCAGACAUUCUGAAUCAGUAAUGCAUGAUGACACCAAAUUACAUGAACCUCUUUUGGGAAAAUCCAAUGUGACUGGCUUUGCUACGGCUUCUAUAAUAUCUAAGUCCUUUUGGCUUUGGAUGAAUCCCCUACUGCGUAAGGGCUACAAAUCUCCACUCAAGAUAGAUGAUGUGCCUACUCUUUCACCAGAGCAUAGAGCUGAAAAAAUGUCACAGCUCUUUGAAUCCAGUUGGCCUAAACCACAUGAAAAGUCAAACCACCCUGUUCGAACCACGUUGUUGAGGUGCUUUUGGAAGGAAAUUUCCUUCACUGCGUUCCUUGCAAUCUUGCGGCUCUCUGUCAUGUAUGUUGGGCCUAUGCUCAUCCAAAGCUUUGUCGAUUACACAUCUGGGAAAAGAACCUCUCCCUAUGAAGGAUAUUACCUUGUAUUGAUUCUUCUUGUCGCAAAAUUUGUUGAGGUUUUGACUGACCAUCAAUUUAACUUCAAUUCUCGGAAACUUGGGAUGCUCAUUAGAUGUACUCUCAUCACUUCUUUAUACAAGAAAGGGCUUAUGUUAUCAUGUUCUGCUCGUCAAGCUCACGGAGUUGGACAGAUUGUGAAUUACAUGGCCGUUGAUGCCCAGCAGCUCUCUGAUAUGAUGUUGCAGUUGCACUCUAUAUGGUUAAUGCCAUUGCAAGUUGGUGUUGGCUUAUCGCUCCUAUACAAUGCUCUAGGUACCUCGGCAGUCACAGCAUUGAUUGGAACUCUUGGUGUUAUUGUGUUUGCUGUGUUUAGCAACAGAAGAAAUAAUAAGUUCCAGAGAAACGUGAUGAUAAACCGCGAUUCAAGGAUGAAGGCAACAAAUGAGAUGCUGAAUUACAUGCGUGUGAUCAAAUUCCAAGCAUGGGAAGACCACUUCAACAAGAGAAUCCAAGAUUUUCGUGAUUCAGAAUUUGGAUGGAUUUCCAAGUUUUUGUACUCAAUCUCUAUCAACACGAUUGUGAUGUGGAGCACACCAUUGCUAGUAUCAACUCUGACAUUUGGUACCGCUCUCCUGUUGGGAGUCCCGCUUGAUGCAGGGACAGUAUUCACAACGACAUCUAUCUUUAAAAUGUUGCAGGAGCCUAUCAGGGUAUUCCCUCAAGCUAUGAUAUCACUUUCACAAGCAAUGGUAUCUCUUGCGAGGCUGGAUUCUUACAUGCUAAGCAAGGAAUUGGUGGAAGAGUCGGUAGAAAGAGUGGAUGCUUGCGAUGGUAGAAUCGCUGUGGAGGUUAAGGGUGGGAUAUUUAGUUGGGAUGAUGAAGCUAAAGCUGAGGUUUUGAACAAUAUAAAUUUGGAGAUAAAAAAAGGGGAGCUCACUGCUAUUGUUGGGACUGUGGGAUCUGGGAAAUCUUCUCUCCUUGCCUCAAUCCUCGGUGAGAUGCACAAAAUAUCUGGAAAGAUCAGGAUUUGUGGAACAACUGCCUAUGUUGCCCAAACAUCAUGGAUUCAAAAUGGCACCAUUGAGGAUAACAUAUUAUUUGGUUUGCCAAUGAAUAAGGAGAGAUACAAGGAAGUUCUCAGGGUUUGUUGCUUGGAGAAAGACUUGGAGAUGAUGGAGUUCGGAGAUCAGACUGAAAUUGGAGAGCGUGGCAUCAACCUCAGUGGUGGGCAAAAGCAGCGGAUACAACUUGCGAGGGCUGUUUAUCAGGACUGUGAUAUCUAUCUUCUUGAUGAUAUUUUUAGUGCUGUUGAUGCGCAUACUGGGACUGAUAUAUUUAAGCAAUGUGUUAGAGGCGCACUGAAGGGAAAGACUAUCUUACUUGUGACCCACCAAGUCGACUUCUUGCACAAUGUUGAUCUUAUCUCAGUCAUGCGAGAUGGACAGAUAGUACAAUCAGGAAAAUAUAAUGAUCUAUUAGCGUCUGGAUUGGAUUUUGGAGCACUAGUAGCUGCUCAUGAAAUUGCUAUGGAACUUGUAGAAGUCAGUGCUGAAAUUCCUAGUGAAAACUCACCCACGCCACCGAAGUUCUCUCAAGGCCUCUCCAAAAUUGGGGAAGAAAAUGAUGAAAACAAGCUUCCAGAUCAACCAAAGUCAGAUAAGGGAACUUCAAAGCUCAUUGAAGAAGAGGAAAGAGCAACUGGUAACGUAGGACUGCAUGUGUAUAAACAAUACUGCACCGAAGCUUUUGGAUGGUGGGGUGCAGUUGUGGCUUUGCUAUUGUCCCUAGUAUGGCAAGCAUCUCUAAUGGCUGGAGAUUAUUGGUUGGCUUUUGAAACUGCAGAUGAGCGGGCUGCAACAUUCAAGCCUUCACUAUUUAUAUCUGUCUAUGGAAUUAUUGCAGCUGUAUCAGUGGUGUUCUUAAUAGUGAGAUCCCUUUUCUUCACGCUAAUGGGGCUUAAGACAGCCCAAAAUUUUUUUGGCGGUAUUCUUCGUAGUAUCUUGCACGCACCCAUGUCAUUUUUUGACACCACACCUUCAGGAAGAAUAUUAAGUCGAGCAUCAGCUGAUCAAACCAACGUCGAUAUCUUCCUUCCCUUUAUGUUCUCCCAUGCAAUUGCAAUGUACGUCACAGUAUUCAGCAUCAUUGUAAUUGUAUGUCAGUAUACUUGGCCAACUGUGUUCUUAGUAAUUCCGCUUGGCUGGCUAAACUGGUGGUACCGGGGAUACUUCCUUGCAGCAUCGCGAGAAUUAACUCGACUCGACUCAAUUACCAAAGCUCCUGUGAUUCAUCACUUUUCAGAAAGCAUCUCUGGAGUUAUGACAAUUAGGUCUUACAGAAAACAGGAUAGAUUCUGUCAGGAAAAUGUUAGCCGAGUGAAUGCCAAUUUGUGCAUGGAUUUUCACAACAACGGAUCAAAUGAGUGGUUGGGUUUCCGUUUGGAACUGAUUGGGAGCAUCAUACUUUGCGCUUCUGCUAUGUUCUUGAUUCUAUUACCUAGCAGCAUUAUAAGGCCAGAGAACGUUGGUUUAUCUCUCUCCUACGGGCUAUCCCUCAAUUCUGUGCUGUUCUGGUGCAUAUAUUUAAGUUGCUUUGUGGAAAAUAGAAUGGUGUCUGUUGAGAGGAUCAAACAAUUCACUAAUAUUUCAUCAGAGGCAGCAUGGAAGAUAGAGGACAGGGUUCCUCCUCCAAACUGGCCUGCCAUUGGCAAUGUUGAUCUAAAGGACUUGCAGGUUAGAUAUCGUCCAAACACUCCUCUGGUUCUCAUGGGCAUUACUCUCAGCAUUCAAGGGGGAGAGAAGAUAGGUGUUGUUGGACGUACAGGGAGUGGAAAGUCAACUAUGAUCCAAGUCUUCUUUAGGCUGGUUGAACCAACAGGCGGAAAAAUAAUUAUCGAUGGCAUUGAUAUCUGCAUGUUAGGACUCCAUGAUCUCAGGUCUCGUUUUGGCAUAAUUCCUCAAGAACCUGUCCUCUUUGAAGGAACCGUGAGAAGCAACGUGGAUCCUGUUGGAAAGUAUACAGACGAGGAGAUAUGGGAGAGUCUUGAACGCUGUCAACUGAAAGAUGUUGUGGCUGCAAAACCCGAAAAACUUGAUUCUCCAGUGACUGAUAACGGAGACAACUGGAGCGUGGGGCAAAGGCAGCUUCUUUGUUUGGGGAGAGUUAUGCUAAAGCACAGUCGUCUGUUGUUUAUGGAUGAAGCAACUGCUUCAGUUGAUUCGCAAACUGACGCUGUGAUUCAGAAGAUCAUUAGAGAGGAAUUUGCUGAUUGUACAAUUAUCAGCAUUGCUCACAGAAUACCCACAAUCAUGGACUGUGACAGGGUUUUAGUUAUCGAUGCAGGACGGUCGAAAGAAUUUGAUAAACCCUCUCGGCUGCUUGAGAGGCCAUCACUGUUUGGGGCACUGGUUCGGGAGUAUGCCAACCGCUCGGCUGAAUUAUAAGCAAACAGUAUACUUCGAUCACUGACACUAUCCUGCUGUUAAUAUUGGUAAGAAUCUCCCGAGAUGCAUAUCUUGAUCCACACUGUUCGAGCCUUCGAGGAGUGCCUUCUCUCUUUUACCAAUUUGCGAUGUUACCACAAAGUGUUAUUACCAAAAACCUAAAGUACUGUACAACUCAACGUGGAUUCGAUAAGCAAAAUUACUAUUUUGCCCUCAAUCCAUUGCUCGUUCAAUAA